AUGUUUGGAAAAGUUGAGCAUGAAGCAGAGUUGAACGUGCCGGCAAUCGAGGCGUGGGAUCUCUUCAGUUCGCUUCGGAUCGGAAAAAUUCUGGAAAAAGAGCUCUCCAUUUUGCAGAAGGUCGAAGUCCUUGAAGGUGAUGGAGGAGUUGGAACCAUCCAGAAACUUACAUUUAAACCAGGUGUUGAAGGACCGGCAGGCUACAAAGAGAAAUUCACAAAGAUAGACAACGACAGACGGAUCAAAGAAGUAGAGAUAGUGGAAGGAGGAUACUUGGAGUUAGGGUUUUCUGCGUUUAGGGUUCGAUUAGAAGUGAUAGAGAAAGGAAAAAAUUCAAGCUCUGUCAAUCAACAUGGAGUAUGA